GCAUAACCAGGUCCCCCUUUUUCCCAUGCUUCCUGACACUGAUGGAGGCUGCCCCUGGACCUGACUGGCCAACCCCAAGCGUUCCCGAUUCUCCCUUUUACAGCUCUCGCCCCUUCAGUGCCGACGCUAGAGAAAGACUUUACUCCAGGGGCUUCCUCCUCACUGGGGAAUCGCUGGAAAGAGCAAACAAAAAGGCGCUGGUGUAGGCUCCAAAAUAAACAUCUGAAUUCGUGAUGGCAUCGACAGAGGCUCUUAAUGGAUUAAAAGUUUCAAAACAAACAAUAACGCUUUGGAAAAAGGGUUGAAUUCUGCCUGUGCUAUCAGGCAUGACCAUGGAGAAAAGUGGGAACAUACAAUUGGAGAUCCCCGACUUCAGCAACUCUGUUCUGAGCCAUCUCAACCAGCUACGAAUGCAAGGCCGUCUCUGUGAUAUUGUGGUCAAUGUGCAAGGACAAGCUUUUCGGGCUCACAAAGUAGUACUGGCUGCCAGCUCCCCUUAUUUCCGGGAUCACAUGUCCUUGAAUGAAAUGAGUACUGUGUCCAUUUCUGUCAUCAAGAACCCUACUGUUUUUGAACAACUUCUUUCUUUCUGUUACACAGGGCGGAUAUGCCUGCAACUAGCAGAUAUCAUCAGCUACCUAACAGCUGCUAGCUUUCUGCAGAUGCAGCAUAUUAUAGAUAAAUGUACACAGAUCCUAGAGGGCAUUCACUUCAAAAUUAAUGUGGCUGAGGUUGAAGCAGAAUUAAGUCAAACAAGGACAAAGCAUCAAGAGAGACCUCCAGAGUCUCACAGGGUUACACCAAAUCUAAACCGCUCACUUAGUCCACGGCAUAAUGCCUCAAAGGGAAACUGGAGAGGCCAGGUCAGUGCUGUGCUGGAUAUCAGAGAGCUCAGUCCCCCUGAGGAGUCCACCAGUCCUCAGAUAAUUGAACAGGGUUCUGAUGUAGAAGGCCGGGAGCCCAUUCUUCGAAUCAACAGAGCAGGACAGUGGUAUGUGGAAACAGGACUAGCAGACCAGGGGGCCCGGAGUGGUGACGAAGUUAGGGUUCUUGGAGCAGUGCACAUCAAAACUGAAAAUCUAGAAGAGUGGCUUGGACCAGAGAAUCAGCCUUCUGGAGAAGAUGGGAGUAGUGCAGAGGAAGUCACAGCCAUGGUGAUUGACACCACAGGCCAUGGUUCUAUAGGACAGGAAAGUUACACUUUAGGGUCUUCAGGAACCAAGGUAGCUCGGCCAACCAGCAGUGAAGUUGACAGAUUUAGUCCCUCCGGCAGUGUUGUUUCCAUGACAGAGAGACACAGAGCCAGAAGUGAGUCUCCUGGGAGAAUGGAUGAGCCUAAGCAACUUAGCUCCCAGGUAGAAGAGUCAGCAAUGAUGGGAGUAAGCGCCUAUGUAGAGUAUCUCCGAGAACAAGAAGUGUCCGAACGAUGGUUCCGGUAUAAUCCCCGUCUCACCUGCAUCUACUGUGCCAAAUCUUUCAACCAAAAGGGAAGUCUGGACCGCCACAUGCGUCUGCAUAUGGGAAUCACACCAUUUGUCUGCCGCAUGUGUGGAAAAAAGUAUACCCGGAAAGAUCAGUUGGAAUAUCACAUCCGCAAGCACACAGGCAACAAGCCCUUUCACUGUCAUGUUUGUGGCAAAAGUUUCCCCUUCCAGGCCAUCUUGAAUCAGCACUUUCGAAAAAACCACCCUGGUUGUAUACCCCUGGAAGGGCCUCAUAGCAUUUCUCCUGAGACUACUGUCACAUCCCGGCAAGCUGAAGAAGGGUCACCUUCGCACGAAGAAAUAGUUGCUCCUGGAGAAUCUGCCCAGGGCUCAGUUUCUACUACUGGGCCAGAUUGAAACAACGAGGGGGAGGGGGCAAACCCUCUUCCCUUUUGGGCCGUAACCAGCCCCUAUCAGGACCAUGGGUUGGUACUUAGAUUCACAAAAUGCCACGUCACUCUACUAGAUGUUCCCAUGGUUUUGCCAAAUUAGAAGACCAACAUGUGGAAAGCACUAAAGGCUCUUCUCGUUCCCACCUCAUACUUUGGAAAACAAUCAAACAAAUCAGCUUCUAAUUCAGGGAUCAACAGCCUUGGUUUGUUAACUUUAUAAGAAAAAAAAUGUUUUUAAACAAACUGAUCAAUGAAUCAUUUAUCUACCAAUCAUGAUUGAACACCAUACUUAGGUCCAUAUCAUCUUGAUGGGUGAAGUCCCAGAUCUAAAAAAAGCAGCAGGAGCUUUGGCCAAGUGAAGCAGCCUGCCAGAAGAGAGGAAGGCAGUCACAGUGGUGAGAAAGGAGAAUCUUUCCUCCUCCCUGCCAGAGCAUGCAUUUCCAUGUUUAAAGGGGAAAAAAGAUGACUACUGGUGGUUCUUAAUAGUCUAAAAGGUUAGAUUGAUGUUACCCUGGUGAGGCAUCUAAUACUUUGCCUAGUUGUUUCAUGUGAUCAGUUCAAGGUAGCUAACUACCUUGGAGUAGUAUUCAGCAGGCAGAAUCACAUGAAGCACUUGGGGCUUGGAGAAGUAAAAUGAGCCCCUAAGCGUUUACAAUAGGCACUCAUGAGAGCUUGGGAAAGAGGAGCAGGGGAGGAAGUACUUCUGUGCUUUGCAGAUACUGCAUAGCACGGAGCUCAACUGCAACUUCCUGUUCGGUGUUUGUGAACCAUAGUACUUGCGUACACCCUUGGGUGUUACAAAAAUGUUUCUAGUUAUAUGAUUUAACUUGUUAGGCUGACUACCAAAAGUUCAUCCUCUUGAGCUCCUAAGUUUCAUACAACAGCAAUAUUAUACAUCAAAAUGUCACUUUCCAGUGAAAUGAGCUUGGAUUGUAUUUUUAAGUCCGCAGGUCUCCACAUUUGAUAACUUUUAUAUGGGGUUUUUAAACAGUUUUUUUCUGCAAUGUUAUAGUUGAAGAGAGAUUCAACACUAUUGUUCUUAUUGCAACCACUGUUUGAUUUCCUUCAACAUGUUUUAUACUUCAUAUUUUCAGUCCAGUGAAGAACCUCACUUAAGUCUGUGUCUUGGGUCUGCAAAUCUAUACAUAAUUCAUAAACCAAUUAGCAAAUUGCUGGUGACUCCAAGAGCUAUGUUUUUUUUGUUUUGUUUUGUUUUGUUUUUAAAUAAUGCACUACAGGGCACUUCAUCAUGCACAAUCAUGUUGCAAUAAAUGAUCAAGGGAUCAAUUCUUAUCAGGUGUGGUUAUACUAUCAUUCCGAAGAUUUUUAAAACUUCAAGGAGCUUUUUUAAUGAUCUUGAGUUUUCUGAGAUUCUUAACCCAGCUCUGAAAGAAUUUACCAAACACACAGAGCUUUUUAUGCCCACCUUGCAUGCAGAGAGGGGGAGAAGUGUUAAAUGAUACAGGCAAAUGAGUGCCUGCGCUCUACAGUGCAGAUAUAAGUCUCUAGCUUGAGGAAUUUUAAGAGAAUAGUUAAAUGUAUAAUUGUUUUGGUACAGGGAUGUGGAUGAUUCUAAGAGAUUUGGGAGACGGGCUGUUCCUACCUGCACUAGUGAGCCAUUUAUGAGAAUGUGAAGCUUGUGUGCUCCUUCUUUGUGAGCACCCUGGUAUGUGAAAAGGUGGGGGAAAGCUGUUUUUUAAUAAGAAACUGGAAUGCAGAGGGUGGCUUUGCGCAGUCUGAGAAUUGGAUAUACUGUAUCACUAGAGAAAGAUUUUCUCUUCUGAAGAAGUAGAGAAAUUCAUCUUUUAAAGGAGUAUGUGGCACUCCACUUGAAGAGCCUGCCCUUAAAAGCAGCACUGAGCGCUGUCUCAUCUGAUAGUCACAGGCAGGCGUCUUGCUACUUAGUUGGGCAACAGCAUGGUAAAGUGAAAACUGUCUCCUAGAGCCACCUUAGGGACUACUGUGCUCUGGGGCAUCAAAACAGCUGAAGUUGUACGGGAACUUUUUAGUUUGUACUCCAGGUCUUGAGUGGACAGAUGGUAUCAUCACGGACCAGGCAGGCAGUGACUCCCACAGAAGAGGCUGCUUCCGAUGGCUUUGGGUUUUUUGGGGUUUUUUUUUUGUUUUUUUUUUGUUUUUUUAAGCCAACCAAAAAUAUAAGUCUACCCUACUUUUGAAAAGUUACGAUAUAUGCUAAAAGUUGUUUUUUACAUUAAUAGCUUUUUAGGUUAUAUGUGAGGAAAUUGAGCUUUCAACUAUUACCAAGUUAUAAUGGUAAAGUGCAGUAAUUUCUGUAAAAAGAAACUUGGAGCACUUAUCAACACUCCAUCCAAGGUCAGGCACAAGCCCCUUGCAUGGGUGGAGACUGUCAAAUUCAUGUGGGAAUGUUAGGCUUGCUUGGUGGGUUCCCUUCCAUUUUCACUCAUUUCUAAUAAGGUUUUACUGUACUGAUACUGUGAACAGAGUGCUCCGGUCCUAUGACCACAUCAGCACAAUCUUCUUUGCUGGUUCUCUCCUCUAAUUGGCCUAGCCAGAGCCAUGAAAUUCAUGAGACUUGUGGCCAGGCUACCUUAGAAAUAAACUAAAGUUUGCAAAAAUAAUCUUGUGUUUUAGUUAGAAGUAUAUGCCGUUCUGCAUACCCAGGACUCAUACCCAGAUUCACUGUGACAUUGUCCUGCUUCUUUGCUAACAUAGCUGUAGGGUUAGCAGUAGACUAUGUAUAGUAAUGAUUGUUGGUGUGUACAAGACGUACGCUCAUUAAGGAUGUACUAAAUGGACUCUGGCUGAUGCUGAAACUUACUACCAAAUCUUGACUUGCACACGUCACCUUGUGAGGGGAACUACAUUAGCAGUGAGAGCUAACUCAUCAGUAGGUAACGGUAAUGCCAUGAAAUUGUAGUGUUAGGACUAUUAUCAUUCAGUAGCACUUAGCAACAGAGGCUAGCUAUCCAGUAUUCUGAGCAAAAGCAGAGAGUUGGCCACGUGUGUAUCUGUCUUCACUCUAAACAGACUUUUUAUUCUCUCUGAAUUCCGAUACUGGCAUAAACUAUGGCAUUCACAUGGCAGUAUCACUGUAUUUACGCAAAAACGCUCUUCCUAAUGAAUUCUUCUCUUUUUUACUCAGAACCAUAAUUACCUCUAAGCUUAGUUGAAUUUUAUUUUACAUAAAUUCCAAGUGACUCUAUAGUUUGUUUU